GGAGCACAAAAGGGGAAGGAAAGUGGAAUGAAGAAGCAACAGUGUCUGAGGGAACAAAGAGCCCCAAGGCAGUGAAAUAAUACAAAAACAUUUAGCGAGGCUCAGAGUGCAGCAACCUGGUGAUGCUUGUUGUACGGACUCCUCCCUCUCAUUCAGGUAUGAGGAAAACAGGAAACAUCAGUCUCAGACAAUGAACUAUGUGGGCCAGAUUGCUGAAACAGUGUUUGGCACUGUGAAGGAGCUGUACAAGGGCCUGAACCCAGCUACUCUGACAGGUUGCAUUGAUGUCAUUGUGGUGAGGCAGCCAGAUGGUUCCUUCAACUGUUCACCUUUCCAUGUGCGCUUUGGGAAGCUGCGUGUUCUGCAUUCCAGUGAGAAAGUGGUUGACAUAGAAAUCAAUGGGGAGCCAGUCAAUCUGCAUAUGAAGCUGGGUGACAAUGGUGAAGCAUUUUUUGUCCAAGAGUCAGAAGAACAAAAGGAGACCAUUCCCAUUUCUUUGUGCACAUCUCCCAUCCCUUCUGAGAAAAGCUCAGAUCCUGCAGCCUUGGGCUCAGACACAGCCCUCCGUAAGAAAAGAUGGCGGAAGAAGAAGCCGAAAAAAAGGGAGCGGUCGGUAGAAUCAACAUCGGAAGAAGAGGGGACUGAAAGUGAGCAAUCCCUAGAGGAAAAGCGAAAAUGGUUGACUUCCAACAAUUCAACCUAUUACUCAUUCACGGAUGUUCAGUGUGAAGGAGCUGGGACUUCACAAGCUCAAGAAGCCUACCCCUAUUCUGACGGAGAGCUGACUCCUCUGCAGAGGUCAAUGAUAGUAAAUGAUGCCAAAGGCAAACAAUCCCAACAGCUAGGCCUUUCUCCAAACUCCUCAUCAGCUCCAAAAAGUGACUCUGAACUGGAGCUCAGAAAUCCUGAACUACCAUGUGACUCUGAAUCUCAUGUGCAGUGGUCAUGGGGAAGAUUGCCUGAGGUAAGCAGAUCAGACCGAACAGAUGCAACAAAACCUGGUGUGAGUGUCUCCACAACAGUAGCCAUCACCCCAAGUACCCCCAUCAGCACUGCCAGUACCAUUACCGUGUGUGAGAAAACUCACUUUGUGGCCAUCACUGCAGGCUUAGAAAGUGACAUGGACAUGGUAGAAUCUGAUGGUGUAUUGUGUUCUCCACUCACUCCUAUUAAGCCAGCCCCUAUUUUUCCUACUGAAAAUGGCCUUCCCAAUAAAGAAGAGCUGUGUCCUUCCAUUCAAGUGAUUUGCAGUGAUCUAGAGACAACUCCCAGCCUUCCAGAAGAUGUACAAGACAUAAAAAUACCUACAGAGAAUGAAGGAACCAAGGCAAUCAAGGAAACCAUUGAACAAAUUCAGGAUCAGAAUUUAGAAGUGCAAUCUUCUGGGCAAACUGGUUUGGUAAACAACGAGCCUUGCAGGAGUCCAGAGCCGAAACAGGAUAAACAAAGUUAUGUGAAGAGAAGCCCCCACCUAGGACCUACUGAUAUUUACUUAGAGGACCUCUCGAAUUUGGAUGCAGAGGAAUUAGCACUUUAUUUCCCUAAAAGUGAUGCUGAGCUGAGUGGCGAUGCGCAAACUGAUCCUGGCAAUUUCUCUCAUGCCCCUUGGCUGGGUGAUGCUACUGUUGACUGCAGUUCAGAUAAUCUGUUGGAACACUCAUCAUGCAACCAAACACCCCAUAUCCUCCUGUCUGUCUGCGGAGGUCUUGGGGAUGAUGGGGAGUUUUCUCAUGCUGAGAGGUUUAUGAAGCAUAUAGUUUCCUAUCAAGAGUUUGCAGAGAACCCAGCAAUUCUUGAGGACCCAAACUUGGUGAUACAGAUCCACAAGAAAUAUUACAACUGGGCAGUUGCUGCACCUAUGCUUCUCUCCCUACAAGCUUUCCAAAAGACUCUUCCUAAGAGUACUGUUGACAGACUAAUGAAGGAAAAGAUGCCCAAGAAGGGUGGCAGGUGGUGGUUUUCUUGGCGGCGGCGAGAAUUAUCUAAUGAGGAGCAUGAAUCCAGUGUGCAGAAAAUUGAUACAGUAGGCAAACAUCCAGGGGACUCCUCUCUUCAGAGAAGAGAAGAUGCUUCAUCCAGUGGUGAUGAGUCUAUAUCCUUAGGCCAAAGGGAAACAACUGUACCAGAUGCUAUCAUGCAAAAGUUUCUUCCAACCUACAAGAAAUCCUUAAGACUCUCUUCAGAUCAAAUUAAAAGUCUGCACCUGAGAGAUGGGCCUAAUGAAGUAGUAUUCAGUGUCACCACUCAGUACCAGGGCACAUGCCGUUGUGAAGCCACCAUAUACCUAUGGAACUGGUAUGACAAGGUUGUAAUCUCUGACAUUGAUGGGACCAUUACCAGGUCUGAUGCUCUAGGUCACAUCUUACCACAUCUGGGGAAAGACUGGACCCAUCAAGGCAUUGCUAAAUUAUUCCACAAAAUCCACCUGAAUGGAUACAAGUUCCUCUACUGUUCUGCCAGGGCCAUUGGCAUGGCCCACAUCACCAAAGGAUAUCUUGAAUGUGUCAAUGACCAGGGAUGGAUGCUCCCCAAAGGGCCCAUCCUGCUGGCACCUAGCAGCCUCUUUUCAGCUUUGCACAGGGAGGUGAUUGAGAAGAAGCCAGAAGUGUUCAAAAUUGCCUGCUUAAUGGAUAUCCGGAAUCUGUUUGGCUCCGACAGGAAGCCCUUCCAUGCUGCAUUUGGGAACAGACCAAGUGAUGUCUAUGCCUACAAGGAAGUGGAGUUGCCAGAAUCCCGUAUAUUCACUGUGAACCCCAAGGGGGAACUGAAACAAGAACUCAUAAAAAUCCAUAAAUCCACGUAUGAUCGGUUGGGUGAGGUGGUAGAGCUCCUUUUUCCCCCUAUCGGCAACAAUGUGAGCAUUUCUUUAGCUUGUCCAGAAUUCAGCCAGUUCUCUUACUGGAGAGCUCCACUACUUCCUGUUGACUUUGAAGAUUUUGCCUGAAGAUACAGAACAAAAUCCUUCCCAAUGGAUCUUUAACAAUUGGUCCUCUGGUUGGAUUGACAGGCAGUGAAUGCUCCCUGCAACAUUUCCACAUGAUGUGAAUGCCCUGGUGUUUAGAGAGGCUGUCUGAAUAGGGACUAUUAAAAGGUGUACUUCCCCCCUUCACUUUCAUUAGAGCAUGUGAGAAAGUCUCUUAAUCCAUUUGACAACACUUGUUUAUGCCACAUGAAUGAAUGCAUUUCCCCACUGGAAGAUGAGUGCUUUUAUGAGGUUCAACAGUUGAAUUGUUUCCUCCAUUCUUAAAGUCGAUGACAAACUUGGCUGAAUAUUAAAAAUGGAUCUUGGGUGGCCUCCCCACUUUUCAUAACUUCUGAUCAUCUACUGUGCCAUUUUUAGGAUAUGUUUAAAUUGCAGAUGUCAGAAAAACAACAGGCUUUGGAAAGGGAAACAAGAGGUUAGCAUCCUGUUAAUGAAUCUUUCCAAGUUCAAGUCUGUUAUUAAUUUGCAUAAUAAUUACUUCCUGGCUUGAUCAGAUGACUAUUAUCAGGAUAAUGGCUGUAGAUUACUAAUACCAUUAUUAGUAUGUGCUUGAAAGAUGAAGGCUUUAAUCUACAUGCAUGUAUGUUGAGUGUGUGUCUGAGUCUAAUUGCUCUGUACAGCUGGAAACAGAUUGUGAUUGUGUUUUGCCUUUCCUCAAAGAGUUGAAGAUGAUAUGCUGAGGCAGUGUUGUUCACGGAGAACACACUUCCCCCACUAUCGUUUCAGAUCACAGGUUUCAUACUGAACAGGCAAAUUUUGUUUGAGGAGAGAUGAUGGUAGAUCAGAAGAAAUUAUGUUUACUCAUAACACUUUCAACACUCUUUGAACUAUUGCUUUACCCAUCCUUAUAUAGUUCCAGUAAGAUCUGGUUUCUAGGGAGACAUGUCUAGUGCCUUAUUUGAAGCUGUUUAUGGUGUGCCAUUGAUACUUCUGAAUUUGAAAAAUACUGUGUCUUCUGAAUCUUCAACUCUUAUCUGGCCUGAACAUAGUGACAUGUGACCAUCUUUCUCAUGUUUUGCUUCUUAGAGGUUCAGUGCUUGUUUGGAACAGUCUAAUUAAUGAGUUGUGUCCUCAUAUGCACUGUUUUACGGAGCCAUGUUUUUUCUUAGGCAAUCACUUGGUAGUCUUUUUGACUUUGUAAGUCACUGUAUGUUCUGUUUGAGCUGGCCAUGUUUUGCAUGGGAAGACACCAGAGAUUUGAAGAAAGCAUGCAAAUUUUUAUUCUGCUAAUUAGCACUAGGAUGGAAAAGGCAAAAGAGAAGUAAAUGACAGCAGGCAAAGAAGGGCGGCAAAACAUUCUGGGAUACAGUAUUUUGGAGUUGUUCUGCUGCUUCCUGCCCACAGUGGACAUUAGCAACAUUGUUGUAAAUUAGAUGAAGACAAAAGACUUGGAUUUAAGUCAAAAGAACAAUUCUUGUUCUACUUCACAUACACUUCUAUCCUUUUGCUGAACCAAGAUGGACCAUUAGUGCACUCAAGUGAUUGUGUCACACAGGUUCUAGGAGCUAUUUAUUUUGCAAUAAAUCUGUCAUUCUAUAUUUCAUGGGAAUUAAAUAUAAUGUAAGUGUGGAAAUAAAGGUUUUGAG